GUUGCGCAACCUUCGUAAAGAAGUAGCGACUUUCGUCUUGCAAGAUUGCGUAGAAAACACAGACUGCGCGAGAAACAACAAACACAGAAAGAAAAUAAUGACUGUGUCACUACGGCUACCACUCUUGCCAAGAGGGCGAAUUGUGCGAGAGGUACGAUUCAUCGUAGGAGAGAGUGGAUAUGGUCUGUGUGUGUGUCGCGGUUGUUUGUUCGUGCGACGUUCAUGUAGCAGGCUGCACGAACGUCGCAGCAUUUUUCGCCGACAUCGCGCCUCGUCGCGCGUUGUGCGAUGAUGCGCAUGUGAGCUCAGCCGGUGCCCCACGCGCCUAAAUGAGCUGCUGCUGGUCGCCCCGCGUGACUGCAGCCUUGCUCGGGCACCGCGGCAGCAUCCACUCGCUUUCGCGUCGACGUUGUCCGCGCUUGCACGAGCCUGGGAAUCGAAAGUGCCUCUGUAACGCCGCGGUCGUCACAAGGUCCUUGUUUGCGAGCGCAUUGCCAAGGCCGCCGCUGCUUUGCUUAGGCAAGAUGGCGGCUGCUGCUGCUUAUCCGGCACAUGCUUCAACUUCGGCUAGCUCUGCAAGAAACCGGCUUGCUCACGAAAAGUCGCCGUACCUCCUGCAGCAUGCCAGCAACCCAGUUGACUGGUACCCUUGGGGCGAUGCUGCAUUCAAGAAGGCCAAAGAUGAGGAUAAGCUCAUUUUCUUGUCUGUGGGCUACUCUACGUGCCACUGGUGUCACGUGAUGGAACGCGAGUCCUUCGAAAACAAGGACAUUGCCAAGAUCAUGAACGAAAACUUCAUCAACGUCAAGGUGGACCGUGAAGAGCGGCCGGACGUUGACCGCGUCUACAUGACCUACAUUCAGGCCACAUCUGGAGGUGGCGGCUGGCCCAUGAGCAUAUGGCUCACGCCCGACCUGAAGCCAGUGGUUGGGGGAACCUACUUCCCACCCGAGGACCGGUACCACGGCCAGCCUGGCUUCAGGACUCUCCUGACCAGCCUUGCUGAGCAGUGGCGCAAGGACCGAACCAAGCUCGUCGACCAGGGCACGCGCAUCCUCCAGAUCCUCGAGCAGACGUCUGACGUGCGCGUCUUCGGGGGGGACGGUGCGCCUACCACCCCUCGAGGUAGCGAAGCGAACCAAAAGUGCCCGUUUGCGCCGGACGUUGCCACCACCUGCUAUCGGCAGCUAGAGCGAUCCUACGACCUCACCACGGGAGGUUUCGGGCGGGCCCCCAAGUUCCCCCAGUGCGUCAACCUCAAUUUCCUGUUGAGGUUCCGCGCCAUGUUGCUUCAGGGGAAUCCCCCGCCGGUGGCGAAGACAGCGGUGGAUAAAUCGCUCCAAAUGACCGUCCACACACUGCGCAUGAUGGCUCGGGGUGGCAUUCACGACCACAUUGGCAAGGGAUUUCAUCGCUACUCGACGGACGCCAGGUGGCACGUGCCGCACUUCGAGAAGAUGCUGUACGAUCAGGCUCAGUUGGCCCGCACUUACAGCGAGGCCUACCAGGUGACCCGCGACCGACGGCUGGCUGACGUUGCACGCGACAUCCUGUGCUACGUCGAGCGAGACCUCAGCCACCCUAGUGGCGGCUUCUACAGCGCUGAGGACGCCGACUCGUACCCUGAACACGGGGACAAGGAGAAGAGGGAGGGCGCCUUCUGCGUCUGGGAGGAGAGCGAAGUGUGUCGUCUGCUCACGGAGCCGCUUCCCAGCUGCCCGACCAAGACCGUCGCCGACAUUGUGUGCCGCUACUAUGACAUCCGGAAGUGCGGCAAUGUCGACCCCAUGCAGGAUCCUCACGACGAGCUCAAGAGGAAGAAUGUGCUCAUUGUGCACGAGUCCGAGGAGUCGUUGGCCGCGUGCUAUGGCCUUGAAGUGGGCGUGCUGGAUGCCUUGUUGGAGCGGGCGAGGGAGACGCUGUUCGAGGCGCGCCGGCGCAGGCCCAAGCCACAUUUGGAUGACAAGUUUCUCACCUCAUGGAACGGGCUCAUGAUAUCCGGCUUGGCGAUUGCGGCUCGUACGCUAAACCAGCCGGUCUACCUGGACCGGGCCCUGAAGUGCGUAGAGUUCAUAAAGAAGCAUCUCUACAACCCCAAGAAGAAAACGCUUAUUCACAGUGCCUACCGUGGAGAAGACGGCUCUGUUGUGCAAGGGCCGCAGCCCAUAGAGGGAAUGUUGGAGGACUAUGCCUUCCUGAUUGAAGCGCUGCUGGAUGUGUACGAAGCAUCCUUCGAUGUGUCCUGCCUGAUUUGGGCUGAGCAGCUGCAGGACAAGCAGGACCACCUCUUCUGGGACAAAAAGGACAACGGGUACUUCCUCAGCAACGGCGAAGACCCCACGGUCAUGCUGCGUCUUAAAGAUGACCAGGACGGGGCGGAGCCAAGCCCCAACUCGGUGUCCCUGAACAACCUGAUGCGGCUGUCGAUGCUCCUGCAGCGCGAUGAGCUCCGCCAGCGUGCCGAGAAGCUGGCCACCGUGUACGGCCAGCGCAUGAUUCUGGUGCCCCUCGCACUGCCCGAAAUGGUGUGCGGCCUCAUGCGACUACAGGCGGAGCAUCAGGAGGUGGUGAUUGCCGGGCGCCGGGACGAUCCCGGCACCAAGGAACUGUUGUCAUGCCUGCGGCGACACUUCUUGCCCUUCAUGACCGUCAUUCUGGCCGACCAGGACCCCGAGAACCCGCUGCGCAAGCGGCUGAUGAAUUUCGAUGACUACACUUGCGUCGACGGCAAAGCCACUGCAUACGUCUGCCGGGGCUUCCAGUGCGCCAAGCCCGUCACGACCGCUGCCGAACUUGAAGAACUUCUGACCUACAAGGACAUGUAGUGCCCCAGAGAUGUAGCAUCACGGUGUUUCCUGGAGCCGAGAACCUUGAUGCAGAGGAAGAAUACCAUUGACCGGCAUAAGCUGAGGAACAGUGCUUACACGGACUUUUAUUUCAAUUUGCUUUUUGUGUACGCCUGUUUGCGCUGUUGUUUAGCGGCGAGGGAUGUUGAAUAGGGGAGCAGGUCGUUAUGCUCUAGGAGCAUGCUUGUAGUGGAUGGCCUCACUUAUUUAGGCCCUAGUUGCAUAGCUGCGCAUGAAAAAGGUGCUGCGGGAACUGGGGCUUGAAGAAUAAAGGUUCAACUUUUUUUUUCACUGCUUCACUUGUUGAUUACUCUAAGAACUGUGCAAUGUUUUUAAAUAGAAGGUGCGCAGCCGAGAGCAGUUGUAAUGAGUGCUAAUUUGGCAUGAAAACAUUCUUCCGUUACACUGCAGGAUGUUGUGAACUACACGUAUGUGUGAAUAUUCGUUUUAUCCCUGUUUACUAUGUCAAGGUCAGACUUCCCUCAACUGUUUGUUAAUUACCGAUCUGCAUGCUUGUAAAGUGCUCAUGCGACACAUGGCACCUAUGACAUAAUUUAUUUAUUUCAUCUAUUUAUUGUGCCCUCAAGGCUCUAGGGCAUUACAGAAGAAAGUGGUAAACGGGGAAUUGUACUAUGAUUGGGUAUUAAUAUACAACAAGAAAAUAAUACAGUAGUGCAAUAAGACAACAGAUGAGUAGUAGCAGUACCUACAGAGUAGUUAGGAAAAGCUUAGCUAGUACUAACAUGAAAAAAGAAGUAAAGAACAUUAUUCCGUUAUACAGUGCUAGCUAAUUUCUUGCUAAUAACUGGACAGCAAAAACAAUAGAAAAAUGUUACUUUUUUCAAGUUAAGCAGUGUCACCUACACCUUUGCGAAAAAGUUUGUUAUCAAUGAUGGUGACUAUAUCAUUGGGAAGGUGGUUCCAUUGCCGAGAUGUUCUGGGGAAAAAAGAAUGACUGAAAGUGUUGGUAUUUCCCGUUUGAAUUCUAAUUUUGAAGUGACAGUCGAUGCGGUGCGAUAAGUAAUGCGGCUGCGAAAUGAAGUAAUUUCGAAGAGAUGGAUGAUGGUAUAUCUUAUGAAGCAGAGUUAGGCGAGCUAUUUUUUUAAGUGAUGCUAGUGAUGAAAGACGUAGGUUAGCUUUCAUUGAGGACAUUCUGGUAGUGUGGUUAUAGUUGGAACCAAUGAAUCGAACUGAUUAUUUUGAAUUACCUCUAGAGAAAAGGUGAGGCUUUUUUGUGUGGGUCCCACAUUGCUUCAGCAUUCUCUAAUUUGUGGCUGGGCUAAGUAAUACUUUUUAGCUUUAUUUAGUGCACAUAAAUAGACAUAUUUGUUUAGCAAUUUCAUAGGAUUCCCAGCGUGCUUGAUUGGAAGAAGAUUUAGCUAAGCAAUGAUGCCAUGCUGAAGCCCCGGAAGCCUCACAGCAUUGCAAAGUUUUAUGGUCGAUGGGAUCACCUCUGCUUGUUUUGCAGAUUACACUUGACGUUUUACUUCUUCAAAUUUUCGUCCACAUAAAAGCCCUGCCUUUGACUUUAUGAAAAAAGUUACUGUGCCAUUCUUGAACAGGGGUUGCAUAUGUAUCCAGGCAUUGACCUGAAUUACUUUUGUAGUGCAUCAGUGGCUAGUAUCACUGGCGUUCCUAUACACAAUAUUUUGCAAUUAUCAGCGAAGUGUUUGGCAACAGAGCUAUGAAAUUACACUCGUUAAAUAAUUAUUAAGUGCAUAUAUUUUCGAUCACUAGCUAAUAUUUUUACUGCAGUUCGCAUUGAACCAUGUGCAUGACCAGCUGUCACAGCUUCUCAGCUGAAGUGUUUACAGUGACAUUGUGUUCAUGUGUUUUGACCUGAGUAACUGACUGUUGUCAUAGUUUACCUCAAGCUCCCACAAAAAUGGCAACAUAUGUAGUAAAUGAAUUGACUGUGCAAAAUACUGCAAAUUGUGCAUUCUGUAUGCUCUGCCAUGUUUUCAUGAGUCAACAAUGUAAAGUGCCAUAUGUGAAAUGCUCGAAGCAAUAUAGCUUGUGAUAAUAGCGCAGGCAUUACAAAUGCUGCAGUCACGUGGACAUUAUUGCAAUUAAGUGCAGUACAUGUAAACUGUCAAUCAUAAAUGUGCAAUAAAUCUCCAAACCUUUUUCUCACCUA